GUGUCUGCCACUGACCCAGAUUGUGGCGUCAACGCCAAGGUGACAUACUCCAUCGCAGCAAAUCUUGGCUUUGAGAACCCAGCAGAGUUCACCAUUGGGGAGAUAGAUGGCAGGAUAUGUAUUGUUGCACCACUGGACUAUGAGACAAGGAAGAUCUAUGAAUUUCCUGUCACAGCCAAAGAUCAAGGCUAUUUUAAUGGAUCUGAAGAUGGCCUUGACACUACCGCCAUGGUUAAAGUCACGCUGAUAGAUGUCAAUGACAAUUACCCAGAAUUCUAUCCCAGAGUGUACACAGUUAAUUUGAAGGAAAAUAGUCCACUCCAUAGCGAGGUUGUGGUUGUCCGGGCAACAGAUGCUGAUUCUGGAAGCUUUGGUCAGGUGACCUAUGAGAUCAUAAGGGGGAAUGAGGCAGGUCAUUUUGGGAUUAACAGAAGCACAGGUGUGAUAUCACUAAAGAAAACAUUGUCCAAUCAAGAUCAAGUCAUAAACCUUGAUGUGCGUGCCACUGAUGGUGGUGGAGAAGUCUCAUUGAUCAAUGGAAAUGUCAGCAUCAGCGUGAUUGGCAGAAAUCAGCAGCCACCUACCUUUGAAAGUGCUCUGUAUAGAUUCUCAGUUCCUGAAGAUGCCAGCAGAGAGACCUCUGUGGGGACAAUUGUUGCAAGCACAUCAGACCCAGAAAAUCCAUCCAUCAGUUACUCCAUUAUCUCAGGUGAUCCCAAUGGCUUCUUCUCUAUGGGACAGACCACUGGAGUAAUCAGUGUCAACUCUGGUCUGGACCAUGACACAACCAAAUUUGCACUUCUAAAUGUUCAGGCAAUGAGUGGUGACCCUCCAUCUUAUGGGAAUGCACAGGUGAACAUCAGCAUAACUGACACCAAUGAUAAUGCACCUGAGUUCACUGUCAACUACAUUGAGAUCCAAGUUCGUGAGGAUGUCAGUACCAGUGCUGCCAUCUAUACCAUACAAGCUACUGAUAAGGACAGCGGAGUAAAUGCCAAAGUCAGAUACCAACUUAAAACGAAUCCAGAAUCAGUCUUUAAAAUUGAUCAACUGACUGGGAAAAUAGGCUUAAAUAGAGGCUUGGAUUAUGAAACGAGGAAGCAGUACACAAUGGUUGUGAAUGCGUAUGAUUUGGGUACCCCUGUCUCGCAAAAUUCUGAUAUGACUGUCAUUGUAAAUAUUCAAGAUGUCAAUGACCACGCACCUAUUUUUAACCAAUCAAGUUACUUCAUUCCACUCGGAGAAUCCAUUCCAAUUAAUACAAAGUUUUUCCGAUUGAAUGCAUCUGAUGAAGAUUCUGGAAACAAUGGAAGGAUUACAUAUAGCAUACAAGAAGGGGAGGGAUCUGAGCAGUUCGGAAUAUUCUCUGAUGAUGGCUACCUGUAUAAUCGUCAGGAUUUAGAUAGAGAGGUUCAGGACAUGUACCUGUUCACUGUCGUGGCAACAGAUGCUGGUCAACCCCAGAAAUCCUCCACUGCCUUGGUUACUGUUUCCAUGCUAGAUGCUAAUGACAACAACCCUGAAUUUCUUGAAGAUGAGUAUGUAUUCCACAUGGAGGAGAACAUCGAGCCUGAUAGCAUUGUGGGGGCAGUUUCUGCAAUAGACCGAGACAUUGGGACUGACCUCCGCUACUCUUUGACCUCACAGAAUGAUUUCUUUCGGGUCUACAGCGCAUCUGGUAUUAUCCGUACACGGCAGAUGUUGAACAGGGAGGAACAGGAAGUUUAUGAGUUCUCUGUGGGAGUAUCAGAUGGUGGGAGUGCACCCAGGAGCUCAACCACUCAUGUACGUGUCAUUGUGAAAGACAUCAAUGAUAACGCCCCUGUAUUCACCCACACAGGCCCAUACUUCGCCACUAUCGAUGAGAACCAGCCUAAAGGCAUCACUGUCAUACAAGUCGUAGCCACAGACCUCGAUAAAGGUGAGAAUGGUACAGUGACAUACAGCUUUGAUUCCAGCUCUGAUCAAGAUGCUAGAAAGUUCACAAUUCACUCUAAGACUGGAUUGAUAACAACUAAAGAAGUGAUGGACCAUGAAGAAAAGAAUGAAUAUACCCUUAUUGUUAGAGCAGAGGAUAAUGGUAAGGUGUCACAGUACACUCUUGCAACUGUCAAUGUAGGUAUUGCUGACAUUAAUGAAGCUGCUCCUGUGUUUGAAACUGCUAAUGUUGCACUUGAAGUGAAUGAAAAUACUCCACCUGCUACUACAGUUGGAACAGUUAAGGCAACAGACCCUGACUCAGGUGAAAAUGGUCGUGUUUCGUACUACAUGGUGAGUGGCAAUUUAUUUGGAACCUUCGGUGUAAACUUAACCACUGGUGCCAUCUAUAUUGCUAGGACUGUUGACUAUGAAAUGUGCUCAGAUUACAAAAUGCAAAUCAAAGCUGUUGAUAACAGUAUCAUCAACCCUAAGAGUAGUGUCACAAAUGUGAACAUUACUAUUAUUGACUUGAAUGACCAUGCACCAUUGUUUGAGGAAGAUCCAGUUUUGUUGAGUAUUCAUGAGAAUGUUCCAGUAGGUGAGGCCAUCUAUAGUUUCUCAGCUAUUGAUAUGGACAGUGGCGCUAACAGUCAAGUACGCUAUGAAAUCAUAGGAGGCUCAGAUAACUCCAGUGAUUACGUCAGAAUUGACUCCACGACAGGGAAACUUUAUACAAAGCAUGCCAUCGAUUAUGAAGCCAUUAAGGAGAUCUCAAUAAUUGUUAAAGCUGCUGAUCAACCAAAGAAUGAGCUUGAUGCGUUAGAAACAACUGUCACAGCGCUUAUAAAAAUUGAUGACAUCAAUGAUAAUGCCCCAGUGUUUGUGUCAAGAUCUCGUAUUGAUGUCAUGGAAGAUGAGCCGCUGGAUUACCCCUUGAUGUAUGUCAUAGCUAAUGAUCGUGAUUCUCUGGAGAAUGGGCAUGUGUCUUAUGUUGUAUCAUCAGGGAAUGAAGAAGGUCACUUCAGUCUGGAGUCUGCUACAGGUCUGUUCACCAUUGGUAAAUUACUUGACAGAGAAGGCAAGGAGAUCUUCCGUCUGAACAUCACAGCAUGCGACCACGGCCAUCCAAGAUUGUGCAACUCUCAGAUUCUCAUGAUUUAUGUAAUUGACACCAAUGACAACCCACCUAUUUUUGAUAUACAAUCCGUGUACAAAGCAAACAUAUCAGAAAAUAAGCCACCAAAUACAUUUUUGGUGAAAGUUCAUGCAACAGACAAAGAUGUCGGCCAAAAUGCAAAGCUGACCUACAUCAUCCCUAUGGGAAUAGCAGAAAACAGGUUCAAGAUAGACCCACAGAUGGGAGUCAUCACAACUGCAGAUGGCGCUCUUGACCGUGAGACACGUGACAGCUAUGUUGUCACAGCAUAUGUUAGAGAUGGUGCCUUUCCCUCCCUGUAUGACACAACCACAAUCCUGGUAGACAUUCUAGACAAGAAUGACAAUGCUCCUGUCUUCAAAGAUCCAUAUCUCGAGCUGGAAGUGCCAGAAAAUGCGGAAUUUUCCGUCAUUCAUACAGUGCGUGCCAGUGACCUUGACAUUGGGGUGAAUGGACAAGUGGUGUAUGCAAUUAUUGCUGGAGAUCCUGAGGAUCUGUUUGAGAUCAACGACCAAUCAGGCCAGUUGUCAUGCCAGCCUCUGAACCGUGAAGCUAAAGCCAAGUACAAUUUGACCAUCUCAGCCACUGACCAUGGGGAUCCUCCCAUGAUGUCAGUUUCACAUAUUGUUAUCAAUGUGCGUGAUGAGAAUGAUAAUGAUCCAUAUUUCGAGGAUGUUAAUUACUCUGUGCAGAUUCCAGAGGAUUUAGCUGUCAAUCAUUCAAUAAUACAGGUGACUGCAAGUGACAGAGAUGAGGGCUUGAAUGCCAGGAUCACAUAUGCCUUGGAUAACAAUACACAGGGGCUCUUUAAGAUCAACAAUGCAACAGGAAUGAUCACAUCUGCAGGCGAGUUUGAUCGUGAAAAGAUCGCUCAUUAUUCAUUUGAAGCUCUGGCAAUAGAUGGGGGCUUAUAUGGGCCUCGUAUUGACAGAGUGAAGGUAGAUGUUACAAUCUUGGAUGUGAAUGACCACAAACCAGUCUUCAAGAAGAUUCCAUAUCAGGCUGGCAUAUCUAAUACCCUUGGAAGAGACCAGUUUGUUGUCAAGGUGGAAGCUGAUGAUAAAGAUAUUGGAGAAAAUUCAACUGUACGUUACAUGUUUGACCCUGAUACUACAACAUCCACAUACUUCAAGCUAGACAGCCAAUCAGGGAUCAUCACUACAUCCAGGUCUCUGGAUGAGGCAGCAGUUGGCGUUCAUCGUUUAGACAUAGUUGCGGCUGACCAGGGUCAGAUUCAGCUCAGCUCCAAAGGUCUGGUUGAGAUUACUGUAGGCAACACACCUGAUCUUGGCACUAUUAGGUUUCGCAACCUCAUGUACAAUGUCUCCCUCUUUGAGAAUGUACCACGAAACACACCUGUGGCACAUGUGACGGCAGACUUUGUGGGCAGUGGGCAGGGGAGCCUGGUCUAUAGCUUUGUUAGUGGCAAUGAGGAGAACACUUUCUCUAUUAGAGAAAAUACAGGUCAUAUUGUGGUGAAUAACCCAGCUAAGUUAGACUAUGAGAUACACCAAACUUUAAGACUGAUCAUUGCUGCAACUGCAAACAAUGCCUAUGGCUACUCCACUGUGUGGGUUAACUUGAAGGAUGUCAAUGAUCACGCUCCACGGUUCACGCAGGAUCGUUACAGUUCUUCUGUGUGGGAACAACAAGACAAGGGCACAUAUGUUGCACAGGUGUCAGCAUCAGACUUGGAUAGUGGAAUCAACAGUGAUGUGACAUAUACUAUUGUGAGCGGUAACAAUCUGAAUGGUUACCCAGCAUUUAUCAUUGACCCGCCACAUCUGGGUAUCGUGAAGACAAAGCUUAAACUAGACAGAGAGGUGGUGGACUCGUACAGGCUGGAGAUAGAGGCAAGGGACAAUGGCAACCCCUCCAUGUCAAGCACAUGUACAUUACGUAUUAUGGUGAUAGACAUCAAUGACAAUCCUCCAUACUUCCCACAAUACAAACCUGUAAAAGUCCAAGAAGGCACAGAACUAGGCACAAUUAUAAAGACAGUAACAGCCAAUGAUGUGGAUCUGAAGCCAACCCUUACUUAUGACUUCUCUUCAGCAGGCAACCCUGAUGGCACAUUUAGCAUUGAUAGGUUUAGUGGCAAAAUCUCUGUUGCUAAGGAACUUGAUUACGAAAUCAGACAAAACUAUAAUUUGAUGAUUGAGGUAUCAGACUCUGAGCAUGUAGAGAGUACAGAGUUAAUGGUGCUUGUACAAGACAUCAAUGACUCACCCCCAGAAUUCAGCCAGCAAUCCUAUCAAGUCACCAUACCUGAACUCACCUCUAAGGACUACUCUCUUAUAACGGUCAAUGCAACUGAUCGGGACUCUGGUGAGAAUGCGAGAAUCACAUACAGUAUGCUCCCUCAGGAUGGCUUUUUUGUCAAUUCACUUACAGGAACCAUAUAUACCAAUAAGACGAUAGUUUAUGAUGCCACCCAGCCAACUGUACAUCUAGUAGUGACUGCACGUGACCAUGGGACGCCAUCUUUAUCUGAAGUUGUGGCUAUUAAAGUGCAGGUUAUAGAUAUCAACAACCACUCGCCUGAGUUCUCACGCACAAAAUACAGUGCCAGUGUGUCUGAAGAUGCCCUGAGAGGCCAGACUGUUGAGAAUGUCUUAGCAAUUGACCAGGACGACUCUAUAGAGAACAAGAAAGUCUACUACAGUAUAGUUGGUGGCAACACUGCCAACGCUUUCCAAAUAUCCCAAACCAGUGGUGAUAUAAUUCUGAUAGCUGAGCUUGAUCGUGAGAGAACAGCAAUGUAUGAGCUAGUGGUCAUGGCUAAAGAUCGUGGAGAUCCACCCCUGAAUUCUACAGUAAUAGUUGAAAUCAUCGUUGAAGAUAUCAAUGAUAACCAACCAACUUUUGAUAGCUCAGAAUAUCACAUUCAGGUAAAUGAAACUAUGGAAGUGGAUUCCAAGAUCAUACGAAUGGUUGCUACUGACCUGGACACGGAUGCUAAUGGGCGCUUACGGUAUGAGAUCACCUCCGGAAAUGAUCAAAACUUGUUCAUUAUUGAUCCUCGAAGUGGUUGGAUCAGGAUUGCAGAUGUCCUUGAUCAUGAGAAAACCACAGAACAUCGUUUGAUCAUCAAAGCCCAGGACUCCAGUCAGGAUCAACCAAAGAAGUACUCCCUGACAACAGUUAUAAUCAAUGUGACAGAUGUUAAUGAGCAUCGUCCAUUCUUUCCCGUGAUGAUGUACCAGGCUGAGGUCAGAGAAAAUGAACCAACAGAAACUUCUGUAUUCACUGCCAAUGCUAUUGAUAAUGAUGGUGGCUUCUAUGGACUAGUUGAAUAUCAAUUACUAGGAGACAACUCAAAGUUUUUCUCUAUUGAUCGUCAUACUGGUGAAGUAAAAACUAGCGUGAUCUUUGACUAUGAAGCCAGGAAUAGUUACAGAUUUGAAGUGCAAGCUACAGACAGAGGUGGACAUUGGGCUAUAGCACCAAUCAAGGUUGACAUUGAGAGUGUAGAUGAGUAUGCUCCCAAAUUUGACACAACUGAAUACAGUUUUAGUGUUCCUGGUAAUGCCAAGGCAGGUGAUGUCAUAGGUCAGGUCAUAGCAACAGAUCAAGAUGGUGGAGAAUCUGGAGUCAUUGUAUACACACUUAAAGAUCCACAUGAAUAUUUCGCGAUCAAUGCCACGCAUGGUAUCCUCACAGUUGUUAAGGAUCUCCAAUCACAAGAUGGUCUCAGACGGAGACGUCGUUUUGUGUCUCGACAAUUUGAAGUUCCUCAAGAAAGACGUAAACGCUCGUUACAAGUUGAUGAAGUGACAAUGCUCGUCAUAGCAAGUACAGGGAAGAUUGAUUCACUUGAUGACUUUGUUGCAGUGAAGUGUAUCAUUGAUCGUGAAUGUUCAGGCUGUGGUGUUCCAGGACCUCGAAUACAGCCCACCACCCUUAGUGGAACCCCCUUAGUAUUGGUUAUAGUCUUUGUCAUCAUUGCAGUAAUCUUAAUAAUCGUGAUUGCUGUGAUGUAUAUAAGGAGCCGUGAACGUAAACGCCAACCAACUCCACUAUCCAACAAUCAUUAUGUUGGUUCAUUCGAUGGUAUUGACAUUCAUGCCCCACACACGCCAAGAGAGGAGGCGCCUCCCAGUUAUAAUGCUAUUCAUCAAUACUCACCCAGACAUAAUAACCAUAAUAUAACCACCUCAGAUAUAUCUGACCAAUCACAUUCUGCCUCCAGUGGGCGAGGUUCAGCCUCUGAUCAAGAGGAUGAGGAAAUACGUGCUAUUAAUUCGGAUACUGUCCACCAGGUGGGUCUUCGUGGUGGUAUGCCUGACUCUGGUAUCCAGCAAGAUGAGGAUGCCAUGUCUGAACAUUCAGUACGCAAUCAUAAAGACUAUCUUGCCCGUCUGGGUAUUGACUCUUCUAAGAUCAAUACAGAUAAACCCAAACUUACUCAGAGUGUAGAGUCUAUGCAUCAGUUUAGUGAUGAGGGAGGUGGCGAGGGGGAUGGCCUUGACAUUGGCAACCUUGUCUAUGCCAAACUAGGUGAGGUUGCGGCUGAUGAGAAUCUCGCAAUUAUGGACGGUACUAGAGAGUUUAAUUUAGCGGAGACAGAGCCAUCUCAUGCAGGCUCUCUCUCAAGUGUUAUAAAUUCGGAGGAAGAGUUUUCUGGCUCAUAUAACUGGGACUAUUUACUUGACUGGGGACCGCAGUAUCACCCCCUAGCUCAUGUUUUUGCUGAAAUUGCCAGACUGAAAGAUGAGAACAUUCAACCUAAAAAACAACCUACUAAAAUAGUGCAACAGGAUGGUAACUGGAAUAGUCCAAUAACUCAAGUGAGAACUGUCCCCCCUCCCUUGAUAACUAAUGCCCCACCAAAGACAUUAGGGAUGCAACACAUAGACCCCCCACAUGACCUUGAGGGUCAUAUGCCAAAUUCAGGGGGUCAGGGGUCAGGAUCAUCUUCCUCAUCAGCAACUAAUUCAAACAGGACUUCAUUGCUAACUUCAUUGUCAAGUCCCCGCUCACCAAUUAGCCAUGAAUCCAGUUUCACUUCCCCAGCAUUCUCACCAAGUUUUACUCCAACAUUAUCUCCCCUAGCAACUAGGAGUCCCUCAAUAUCCCCACUGCAAUCGGAGAAAAACUCUGGACAUUCUACACCCCAAAAACCACGUCAGUAUAAAAACUCAAUAUUACAAUUAGCAGGAUCAUCAGAUGGUUCUGAACAGGAAAUAAGAAUAUAGACCAAUCAUGAUACUGCUAGAAUGACCAAUCACAACAGGUGUAGAUGUCAUCUUUUGACCAAUUAGAAAGCUUUAGUGGUUAGCAAAUGACAUUAGUCAAAUUUUAAACUAAAAAUAGAACAUAUAAAUAAUAAGCAAAUGCAGCAAUAAUAUUAGAUGUGACUUGUGUUCUACUUGUACACAUGUGAGACUUCAAUGCAAUUUUAUAUGUGAUGUCUAGGAGACAUUUUAUUAUUGUUUAUUUUAAAUAGAAUCAAGCUCAUUGAAAAGAUCUUACAAUAUCUCUAAAUAUAGGUGACUGUGAUGUACUUACAAAACGUGCCUUGAAAAUAUGUGACACCUCAAGAGUAAGGACUUGCUCUCUUAGCUUGUACCUUUAUAAAAAAUGGUACAUUGAUUAUUUUAGUAAUAUAAUCGUAAUCGGCUUAUUGCCAUUCAUGACGGAAUCAAUUUGCAUGUCUAUCAUUUUGAAUGAUCAACGAAUGAGAUUUAAGAACCCUGGUAAUAUUUUAUGAAUGUUUUACAUUUAAUUUGAGUAAUUAUCUGUACUUAUCGGCAAAUUAUUGUCAAUUUUAGUGUUUUUUUGUAAAUUCUAAAUAAACGCACGUACGUCUGAGAUUCUUAUGAAGCAUUUAUUCUCAUUAUUAAUUCUUUUUAUAGUUUUUAAAAAGAACAAAGAUAAUGUUUGUCAUAUUAUUCUAAAACUUACUUAUGUUACCCCUCAUCCUCUAUUUCGAGAUAACCAAGUGGAA